AUGGCCGUCACCACCUUGCUGCGCGCGACGCCCCUCUUCGGCGGUCUCGGCGCCGGCCCGACCCCGCUGCUGCAGGGCCUGCUGCGGCCGCUGACGGCCCCGGCGCUGACCCUCUUGUGUCGCGGCCUGGCCGUGGAGGCCAAGAAAACCUAUGUGCGCGACAAGCCCCACGUGAACGUGGGGACCAUCGGCCAUGUGGACCACGGCAAGACCACACUGACCGCGGCCAUCACGAAAAUUUUAGCCGAGGGAGGCGGGGCCAAGUUUAAGAAGUAUGAAGAGAUUGACAAUGCCCCGGAGGAGCGAGCCCGCGGCAUCACCAUCAAUGCAGCUCACGUGGAGUAUAGCACUGCCGCCCGCCACUAUGCCCACACGGACUGUCCAGGCCACGCCGAUUACGUUAAGAACAUGAUCACAGGCACUGCCCCCCUUGACGGCUGCAUCCUGGUGGUGGCAGCCAAUGAUGGCCCCAUGCCUCAGACCCGAGAGCACUUGCUACUGGCCAGACAGAUUGGAGUAGAGCAUGUGGUGGUGUAUGUGAACAAGGCAGAUGCUGUCCAGGACGCCGAGAUGGUGGAGCUGGUCGAGCUGGAGAUCCGGGAGCUGCUCACUGAGUUUGGCUACAAAGGGGAGGAGACUCCGGUCAUCGUAGGCUCUGCCCUCUGUGCCCUUGAGCAACGCGACCCCGAGUUAGGCCUGAAGUCUGUGCAGAAGCUGCUGGAUGCUGUGGACACUUACAUCCCAGUGCCCACCCGGGACCUAGAGAAGCCUUUCCUGCUGCCGGUAGAGUCCGUGUACUCUAUCCCUGGCCGGGGCACGGUGGUGACAGGUACACUAGAACGUGGAACUCUGAAGAAGGGAGAUGAGUGUGAGUUCCUGGGACACAACAAGAACAUUCGCACUGUGGUAACAGGCAUUGAGAUGUUCCACAAGAGCCUGGAGAGGGCAGAGGCAGGUGAUAAUCUCGGGGCCCUGGUUCGAGGCUUGAAGCGGGAGGACCUGAGACGUGGCCUGGUCAUGGCCAAACCAGGUUCCAUCCAGCCCCACCAGAAGGUGGAGGCACAGGUUUACAUCCUCACCAAAGAGGAAGGUGGCCGCCACAAGCCCUUUGUGUCCCACUUCAUGCCUGUCAUGUUCUCCCUGACUUGGGACAUGGCCUGCCGUAUCAUCCUGCCUCCAGGGAAGGAGCUUGCCAUGCCUGGGGAGGACUUGAAGCUUAGCUUGAUCUUGCGGCAGCCGAUGAUCUUAGAAAAAGGUCAGCGUUUUACUCUGCGAGAUGGCAACCGGACCAUUGGCACUGGCCUCGUCACUGAGACACCAGCCAUGACUGAAGAGGACAAGAACAUCAAGUGGAGUUGA